UAAUUUGGAUUAAAAAGGUGUGGGAGAGAUUAGUAGUUAGUAGCCAUGACAUGACAAAGUAAGAUAGAAAGGGCUUCUUCGUUAAUGUUAUCCUUGAGCAGUUGAGGUUAUUACUUAGCUCCUUUUCCCUCUUUGCCCAUUUUCACCACUUUCCAAAUUUCAAACUCCUAAUUUCUUAUCCUCUUUCUCUUCUCUUCUACCUUUAAUGGAGUUACGUAUUAUUCCUCAAUCAUCCUGUUAUUCUCUUCCGCCCAACUUUCUCACUCUUAAACCACCUCCACAUUUACCCUUCUCCUUAUCCUCCCAUUUCUCUUACAAAACAGUUGAUCAAGAAUAUCAACAGCAUUCAUUUCCAAUUGCUGCUUGUUCUUGUGAUGCUUCCAAUUCCACUGGAGGUGAUGAGAAAAGGGAUGUCAAUGAUCACAUAGGGUUUUUGGAUAACAACCAAAUGAUUAGAGAUUUUAAUCAGCUAAUUGAGAUUUUCAUGGUGGAUGAUUCUCAAUUGACUGAUUGGAGAAGGUUGUUAGUUUUCAACAAGAACUGGAGUGAUAUCAGGCUUCAUUUUUUCAGACACUGUCAAGAUAGAGCUGACAGUGAAGAUGAUAUGUUCAUGAAGAACAAGCUACUCUUGAUUGGAAAGAAGCUUAAAGAGAUAGAUGAAGAUAUACAGAAGCACAGUGAACUUAAUGAAAUGAUCAAAAGGGCUCCAUCUGAGAUUAGUGACAUUGUCUCCAGGAGUCGUAAAGAUUUCACUGAAGAUUUUUUCGCGCAUCUUCAUACAGUAACUCAAUCUUAUAAUGAUAAUCCAAAAGCACAAACUGCUGUAAAAGUCUACGACACUGCAACUGAGAGUAAUGAAGCACUAAAUGCUGCAGAGUUGAACUUUCAAGAUAUUAUCAACUCUCCCCUAGAUGCUUCCUACCAGAAGGUAGACAAUAUCGCCGAGAAAGGUCAGUGCUUAGAUCCAGAUUCAGUGGCUCAUUGGCUGCGGUUGUGUAAUGAUGUGGAAGAAGUAGGAAGGGUGCACACAAUUGUCUUGAAACGUUUUAGAGAUUCAAAUACUUAUGUUAAUAAUAAUUUGAUUUGUAGUUAUUUGAGAUUGGGUAAGUUAGCUCAGGCUCGUAAAGUUUUUGACGGCAUGCCAAGAAGGGAUACAGUUACAUGGACUGCUAUUAUUGAUGGGUAUUUAAAGUUUAACUUGGAUGAUGAAGCUUUUAAGUUAUUUCAUGGUUCAGUUAAGCAUGGGGUUCAACCAAAUAGUAAGAUGUUUGUCUGUUUCAUGAAUUUGUGUUGUAAAAGAGUGGAUUUAGCAUUGGGGAAACAAAUCCAUGCUCGUAUCUUGAAAAGCAACUGGAGGAAUUUAAUCGUCGACAGUGCAGUUGUUAAUUUUUAUUCGAAAUGUGGCAAGAUAUUGAGUGCAUUUAGAACAUUUGAUCGUAUGGCAAAGCGAGACGUGAUAUGUUGGACAACUAUGAUUACUGCUUGUUCCCAACAAGGGCUCGGACAUGAAGCCCUGUUAAUGUUGUCUCAAAUGCUAGGUGAUGGGUUCUUUCCUAAUGAAUAUACGAUAUGUGCUGCACUAAAGGCUUGUGGAGAAAACAAAGCGUUGAAAUUCGGGACACAGCUACACGGUGCUGUAAUAAAGAAAAUCUGCAAGAGUGAUGUUUUUAUAGGAACUUCUCUAAUUGAUAUGUAUGCAAAAUGUGGAGAGAUUGCGAAUUCUAAAAAUGUGUUUGAUAGAAUGAGGGUUAGAAAUACAGCUACUUGGACUUCCAUUAUAUCCGGAUACGCGCGAAAUGGGUUUGGCGAAGAGGCUGUAAACUUUUUUCGAUUAAUGAAGAGGAAAAAAGUAUAUGUUAAUAAAUUGACACUUGUAUGUGUUAUGAUGGCGUGUGGCACAAUGAAGGCUUCACUAAUUGGAAGAGAGGUUCAUGCACAGAAAAUCAAAAGUCUUAUCCAUACAAACAUGUACAUAGAAAGCACUUUGGUAUGGUUCUAUUGCAGAUGUAAAGAAUACUCUAAAGCUUUCAAUGUGCUCAAACAUAUGCCUUUCAGGGAUGUUGUUUCGUGGACCGCCAUAAUCUCUGGCUGUGCUAGGCUUGGGCUUGAAGCCGAGGCUCUGGAGUUUUUGCGCGAAAUGAUGGAGGAAGGCGUGUCACCUAAUUCCUAUACUUACUCAUCAGCUUUGAAAGCAUGUGCAAAAUUAGAAGCUCCAAUGCAAGGAAAAUUAAUUCAUUCCAAUGCAAGCAAGACCCCUGCACUGUCUAAUGUAUUUGUGAACAGUGCUUUAAUAUAUAUGUAUGCAAAAUGCGGAUAUAUUGCGGACGCAUUUCAAGUUUUCGACAACAUGCCAGAGAGGAAUUUGGUUUCUUGGAAAGCCAUGAUCUUGGGUUAUGCAAGGAAUGGACAUUGUAGAAAGGCUCUAAAGCUCAUGUAUAGAAUGCGAGCUGAAGGCUUUGUGGUGGAUGAUUAUAUUCUUGCGACGGUUCUUACUGCAUGUGGAGGUAUCGACUGCGGAGACAUUGAUUGGGAUCUCGAGUCUUCUUCACACGACUUGCAUCCAUCUUAGUCUUCUGCAAGAUUGUAGAAUAAGGGGAUGUACCUACUUAGAUGUAUAUCAACUAAUGGAUAAUUGAUAUUCAAUAGGUGUUAGGAGAAUAGAGAAAGAUUUUGAGAAACAAUGAUGUACCUUAUUAGAUGUAUAUCAACUAAUGGAUAAUUGAUAUUCAGUAGGUGUUGGGAGCAUAAAGAAUGAUUUUGAGAAAUAAUGUUGUACCAAACUAUUUCACUUCAUCACCAAUAUUAGUAAGGGUUAGAAAUUUGAUACCUAGAAUAUGAUAAA